GCCUUGUGCCCCGCUCCCGGUCUCCGCCUGGAACAAAGGGAGGAGCGGGCAGGAAUGGUGACGUCAAGCUGGAAUGAGGGAGUGACUGUUCCGGGUCAGAAACUGGAGUGAGAGGAAAUUAACCCGAGUGCGAGGACUAAAAAAGAAAAACAGACACUCGGAAUCGAAACGGCCGAAACAGAGAUGUAACCCGACGGCGAGCUGUUUCCCACCGCUGUCCUACAGUCCGCAGACCUUCCCGCAGGCAGGAAAAGAGCUUGGAGAUAAGAAAGUAAGCGAGCGAGGAAGGGAAAAAAAAAGGCGGACCAGCUGGGGUUUCAGUCCAUGUUACUGUGUGCGGUUUAUUUAUCCCCGGGAGGAGGGCGCGUUGUUUGCUUGCUGUUACAACUUAACGAGAAGACAACCCUGCGGAGGCUGAAACGGGAGAGUUGGAGGGUCUUUAACACUCUCAUGCAGAGUUCGCGUCUUUGAUUGUUGUUGUUGUUGGGGUUUUUUUUUUUAAGCCGGUGAUUUUUUUUGUUGUUGUUGUAUUUUCGUUUGAGUUAAAUUGGAGCUCGGCUCGUCCCGUGAUGUUUCAUUGUAUCCCGCUGUGGCGGUGCAACCGUCACGUCGAGUCGCUGGACAAGCGGCACUGCUCGCUGCUCUAUGUGCCCGAUGAGAUCUACCGCUACAGCCGCAGCCUGGAGGAGCUGCUUCUCGAUGCCAACCAGCUGCGCGACCUGCCCAAGCCCUUCUUCCAGCUAGUAAAGUUAAGGAAACUUGGACUCAGUGACAAUGAGAUCCAGAGACUCCCACCAGAGAUUGCCAACUUCAUGCAGCUCGUGGAACUGGAUGUGUCCAGAAAUGAUAUAAUGGAAAUUCCUGAAAGCAUCUCAUAUUGUAAAGCUCUUCAAGUAGCAGAUUUUAGUGGGAAUCCUUUAACAAGGUUGCCUGAAAGCUUCCCAGAAUUACGGAAUUUAACAUGUCUUUCCAUCAACGACAUUUCAUUGCAGGCCCUUCCUGAUAACAUUGGAAACCUUUGUAACCUGGUAUCACUGGAAUUGAGAGAGAAUCUGUUGACAUACUUACCAGAGUCAUUAUCCCAACUGCAUAGACUAGAAGAACUUGAUCUAGGAAACAACGAACUUUACAGUUUGCCAGAAACGAUUGGCUGCCUUCUCAGUCUGAAGGACCUCUGGCUAGAUGGAAACCAGUUAUCAGAAUUACCAGCGGAGAUCGGGAGCAUGAGGAGCCUGCUGUGCCUGGAUGUGUCGGAGAAUAAACUGGAGCGGCUGCCUGAGGAGAUCAGGGGGCUCUCCUCCCUGACCGAUCUCCUGGCUUCCCAGAACCUCAUAGACGUCUUGCCGGACGGCAUAGGCAAACUGAAGCAGCUUUCAAUCCUCAAGGUGGACCAGAAUAGACUGGUGCAGUUGCCGGACAGUAUUGGCGAGUGUGAGAAUCUUACAGAACUGGUGCUUACAGAAAACCAGCUGGUGAAUUUACCGAGAAGUAUUGGAAAACUUAAGAAACUGUCCAAUUUCAAUUGUGACAGGAAUAGGCUAAUUGCUUUACCAAAAGAGAUUGGAGGCUGUUGUAGCCUUAAUGUCCUCUGUGUACGAGAAAACAGGUUAACACGGAUUCCUUCCGAGAUUUCCCAGGCCACAGAAUUACACGUCUUUGAUGUGUCUGGCAACAGAUUGGUCUGUCUGCCAAUGUCACUGACCACUCUGAAGCUGAAGGCCCUCUGGCUGUCGGAGAACCAGUCCCAGCCACUGCUGACAUUCCAGACGGAUGUGGAUCCGGAGUCGCGGGAGAAGGUGCUGACCUGCGUCCUCCUUCCUCAGCAGCCUUCGGAACCGGAGAGCCAAGAUAACCUGGCGCGCUGCGGAGCGCUGGAGAGCCUGGUGACCGACGUGUCGGACGAGGCGUGGAACGGGCCGUCGGCGAACCGGAUCAGCGCCAUCCGCUUCCUGGAGGAGGAGAAGGACGACGAGGAUGACGAGAAGGGAACGUUGCUGCGCCGCGCCACUCCUCACCCAGGAGAGCUGAAGACGAUGAAGAAGACAGCGGAGAACCUGCGGAACGACAUGAACGCGGCCAAAGGACUGGACUCCAACAAAAACGAGGUCAAUAAUGCUAUUGACAGAGUGACCACUUCCGUGUAAGACUUACCUCAGAAACAUUCACCUCCCGUGUCUCCCUUGACUGUUCUCACCUCCUUCUUGGAUGUGCCCACCCUCCUUCUCCAGUACCUGACUUCAUCUCCUAAUCUGCAGUGGUAUCUGGCGCUGCUAGCUGGGCACCGUGCCUGCCUUACGACCAGUUCCUGCAGCAAUAAUCUGCACAUGUGAUCUAGUUUUAAACAGUGCUUUUUUAAAAGAAAGGACGACAGAUGGAUAGAUGCACUGCUGUAAGUUUAGAGUAUCAUAGCUGUAAAAAUAUAUAUGUAAAUAUAUAUUUUUUUUGCUGUUUUUAAACAGGGUGAAUAUUUCUUCUUAUGUUUUUUGGGAUAAAUUAUGCCCUGGUAUUUUUGGACCUACUGAUAAAGGAUUAUUGUAUAGUUUUAUGUGGAAAAUUAUACUUUUAUACACUUUUGGCAGCUCAGAUGGUGUACAUUUUUAAAAUUUUGUAUAGCAAGUUUCUUAAUCCUGGAUUUUUAAGAUUUUAUCUUGGAACUUGGUACGUGUCUUUUUUUUUUUUAAGAAACAUUUUCUCUCUACAUUAUAUUGAACUGCAUAGUAUGGUCUACAGCAUAUCGCUGCUUGGCUUUGUCUUGCCUGAAGACUGACAUCUGCAUUUUUAAAUAUAUUCAUAUUGUAAAACCGCCUACCAGGAAAUAUUGAACUGGAAUAAUUCAAGUUGUAAAUUAGUGACUUUUAAAAAUGCAGCUGUCUGAGAACAAAUACCUGCACUUCUGUGAUGUCAGUGACAAUUAAGUCAUUUAAUGAGAUAUUGUUUAUAUGGUACACUACAUUUUAAAAAAAGUUUCUUUCACUUUGUUUUUAAUUGUAAUCUAAGGAGAAAUUGGUUCAAUGUUGAUUAUUUGUAAAAUGAUUUAAAACUGCACAAAACUCUACAAUCUCAGAUAGGCGCAGACAUUGUGCCUGCAGAUUUUUAUGAACUUUAACCACUGAUACAAUAAAAGCAAUUGAAAACCAAAAAUCUCUAUUCAUUAUUCCUUAAGAAUCCAUUAGUUGGCUUUUGUUAUUCUUCUUUUCCUUCUUGUUUUCAGAUGGCAUACGUGUUUCUAGCCAGAGUAGAGUGGAUGGGCAGUAAUCACAGAUAUGCUGUGAAAAAGUCAUAUUACUAUCCAUUGUGGUGUGAAGUCUGUGGGGCUCACUUACAGAUCUUCCAAGUAAUAUAUAUUUUUCCACAUUAAUGUAUAAUAAUCUCUUAAGAACUAGAGGUCAAAUUUAUCCUCCGAUUUAAAAAAAAAAAAUUCAAGGAAGGCUGUGCCCUGUGUCUACUAUCCCUGAAAGUUACCCACUCAACUAAAUCCAUCCUAGUUCUUUUAUUCUCAGAGCUUUCUCCUUUUUUGCCUCACAAUACAAUGGACGAUAUUGCCUAUUUUUAAUCUACCAAAGCCAUGAUGCAUUCCUCUUUCAACACUUUCGCUUGGUCUUCCACUGGAGUGUGGUGCACAGGCAGGAACACGUUAGUCAGCACAUCAUGUGUGGGUGGUUUGUCUUUCGAAAAAAGAAGUUAAUUUAAUCAUCUGCUGUGCCCACCUCCCCCCCCCCACCAGAUUCAAAUUCCUAUUUCAGGUUUAACCCAACCAGCCCAGGAUUAAACCCCCCCUGUUUAACAACCUCUCUUGUGAAACGGGGAGCUGAGUUUAAGCACUAUUGAGAGUCCCAGGAAGUGACAUCGCUGUGACAGACGCACCUUACACAGAUACCUAUGACCUCAACACUUCCUUAGAUCAAAAUUUUACUAAAGAGCCAUGGCUCUGGUUUCCAAGAAUUUCCUCUAUGGUCUGCUCAGCGCCAGGUUUUUUUCUGUGCUCCACUUGCUCCUUUUCUGAUGUCACUGCCUUGUUCCUCCAGCGCUGCUCCAGUGUCCUGCAUGUACUUCAUCACUCCUCAUCUCUGUCUCCCUUUGCAGGCUGAGCUCAUGCUCACCCUUCGCUGCAAGAAUGUGUGUUAUAUAAUGAACAUGUGUAUUGAAACCACUGUGACAAAAACUCUUGAGAGUGUGUCUCCUUGUGUGUCCUGUCCUGAAGAAGAAAAGUCAAAGCAUUCUGAUCUCUGGGUUUCAAAGGUUUGU